AUGGAUUCUCAAGAAUUUAUUCCUCAGUAUAAGCUUAUAUUAGUUGGUGAUGGUGGUGUUGGAAAGACAACCUUUGUAAAAAGGCACUUGACGGGGGAGUUCGAAAAAAAAUAUAUUCCAACCCUUGGUGUUGAAGUUCAUCCAUUAAAAUUUCAAACAAAUUUUGGAAAAACUCAAUUUAAUGUAUGGGAUACAGCAGGACAAGAAAAAUUUGGAGGGUUAAGGGAUGGAUAUUAUAUAAAAAGUGAUUGUGCAAUAAUUAUGUUUGAUGUAUCAUCACGUAUUACUUAUAAAAAUGUACCUAAUUGGUAUAGGGAUAUAACAAGAGUUUGUGAAACAAUUCCUAUGGUUUUAGUUGGUAAUAAAGUAGAUGUUAAGGACAGACAAGUAAAAUCAAGGCAGAUACAAUUUCAUAGAAAAAGGAAUUUACAAUAUUAUGAUUUAUCAGCUAGAUCGAAUUAUAAUUUUGAAAAACCAUUUUUAUGGUUAGCUAGGAGGUUGUCUAAUCAACCAAAUCUUAUCUUUGUCGGAGAACAUGCAAAGGCACCGGAAUUUCAAAUUGAUUUAAAUAUCGUUAGAGAAGCUGAAAAGGAAUUAGAGCAAGCAGCCGCAGUUGCCAUUGAUGAGGAGGACAUAGAAAAUUAA